AGGAAAAUGUUAUUUUGACAAAAAUAAAUCAAAGAAAAUUCGCAACAGGAACUUUCAAAUUUUAAGUAUUUAUUUUUCUCGUAAAAAAGUUUUUUUCGUAAAUAAAAUACAAUAUAUAUAAAGUAUGCUGUUAGAACUUGUAUUUGGAGCUGCUGUUUUCGGCAGUAGCUGGUUUAAGUGGGAUUUAAUUAAAUCAAAUACAAUAUGUCGUUACACAGAAUGUUGUGAUGUAAAUCACGUUCCAUUCGAUAUCGAUAAACUUAGACAAUCGUUUUCACAGAAAAUGUUCGGGCAACCUUUGGUGAAUGAAAUUUCAAAUAUACUUGAAGCCCAUAAGAAUUUAUACAAUAGUAGUAAAGGAAGUAAAAAAGCUUUAGUUUUGAGCUUACAUGGUUGGUCCGGUGUGGGAAAGAAUUAUGCAGCCACAAUGAUAGCUGAAGCUCUGUAUAAAAAAGGAAUGCAAAGUAAAUAUGUAAAACUAUUUAUGGGAAAAAAAGAUUUUGAUUGUUCAGAUGUGCAAAAAACUCAGAUUGAUUUAAUAAAUAAGGUUAAUGAGUUGGUAAGGAAUUGUCCUGCAUCAUUGAUCAUAUUUGAUGAAAUACAUGAAAUGUGUCCAUCCAUUUUGGACGCUAUAAAACCAAUGCUAGAUCAUCACCAUGCAGUGGAUGGGGUUGACUAUAGGAAUACCAUUUUCAUUUUUAUAUCAAAUAUAGGAGGAAAAGAAAUAGUAUCUAAUUUAUUAGACUUAUACAGUCAAGGUAUAAAACGAAAUGAUGUUGAUUUCCACAACUUUGAGCCCAUUAUAAGAAGAGCGGCAUAUAGCACAGGUGGAUUUGAAAAAUCUUCAACCAUAGCACAGCAUUUGAUAGAUCAUUACAUACCUUUUUUACCACUUGAACAACAUCACGUAGAAAUGUGUGCAUUAGCAGAGUUUCGUGCUCAUGGAAUUUAUCAUCCCACUGAAGAAAUGAUGGCAGAUGCUCUAUCUGUGAUUACAUAUGGACCAACUGAAGAACAACCCAUUUUUGCAAAUAAUGGUUGUAAAAGAUUUACAAAGCAAAUUCCAUAUGUAAUACUUAAACAUAAGAGUAAAACUGAACUAUAACUUUUUACAGUAAAUGUUAAUAUUAUGUAUGUGAUAAUUUAUGAAAGUUGAAUGUUUAUUUUUUAGGAACCUCAGAUGUACCUGUUUAUAUCAUCUCACGAAUGUCCUUAAAGGAAUUAAAUUUAUUUAUAGCUU